AUGCAGAGGAGCAAUCACACAGUGACUGAGUUCAUCCUGCUGGGCUUCACCACAGAUCCAGGGAUGCAGCUGGGCCUCUUCAUGGUGUUCCUGGGUGUGUACUCUCUCACUGUGGUAGGAAAUAUCACCCUCAUCAUGUUGAUCUGUAAUGACUCCGGCCUCCACACACCCAUGUAUUUUUUCAUUGGAAAUCUGUCGUUUCUGGAUCUCUGGUAUUCUUCUGUCUACACCCCAAAGAUCCUAGUGACCUGCAUCUCUGAAAACAAAAGCAUCUCCUUUGCUGGCUGCCUGUGUCAGUUCUUCUUCUCUGCCGGGCUGGCCUAUAGUGAGUGCUACCUGCUGGCUGCCAUGGCUUAUGACCGCUACGUGGCCAUAUCCAAGCCCCUGCUUUAUGCUCGGGCCAUGUCCAUAAAGCUGUGUGCAUUGCUGGUAGCAGUCUCAUAUUGUGGUGGCUUUAUUAACUCUUCAAUCAUCACCAAGAAAACGUUUUCCUUUAACUUCUGCCGUGAAAACAUCAUUGAUGACUUUUUCUGUGAUUUACUUCCCUUGGUGAAGCUGGUCUGUGGCGAGAAGGGCGGCUAUAAGGUUCUGAUGUACUUCCUGCUGGCCUCCAAUGUCAUCUGCCCUGCGGUGCUCAUCCUGGCCUCCUACCUCUUUAUCAUCGCCACUGUCUUGAGGAUCUCCUCCUCCCAGGGCCGCCUGAAAGCCUUCUCCACAUGCUCCUCCCACCUGACCUCUGUCACUUUAUACUAUGGCUCCAUUCUCUACAUCUAUGCUCUCCCUAGAUCUAGCUAUUCUUUUGAUAUGGACAAAAUAGUUUCUACAUUUUACACUGUGGUAUUCCCCAUGUUGAAUCCCAUGAUCUACAGCCUAAGGAAUAAGGAUGUGAAAGAAGCUCUGAAAAAACUCCUCCCGUAA